AUGCCGGCCAAAGAGGGAAAGCUUCUCACGGGGUUGAUGGUGAACAACUCCAUGGCUGGCGGGAAGGUCGAAUUCGUCCCGCAGAAGGGAAACCGCGUGUGCUGGUACGGCUGCGGGCCGACCGUGUACGACGCCAGUCACAUGGGCCACGCUCGAACGUACGUCACGUUCGAUGUGAUUCGCCGAAUCAUGAGUGACUACUUGAACUACGACGUCACCAUGUGCAUGAACAUCACAGACAUUGACGACAAAAUCAUCAAACGCUCCAUCGAACAGGGCGUCGACUUCCUCACCCUUGCACGACACUGGGAAAAGGAGUUUUUCAACGACAUGGCUGCCUUGAACGUUCGGUUGCCCUCCGUCGUCACUCGCGUCAGCGAAUACAUCCCGGAGGUUCUGUCUCUCAUCGAGCGCAUUGUGAAGAACGGCUACGGAUACGAAAGUCAGGGGUCGGUCUACUUCGACACGCAGACCUUCAGAAAGACCGACAAACACAUCUACGGCAGAAUGGAGCCUUCGUCGGUCUCCGAUGAAAGCCGAGUCCUCGAGGGCGAAGGAGAGCUCGGCCUCACCUCCUCCGAGAAGCGUCACCCCUGCGACUUUGCGCUGUGGAAGAAGGCGAAGGAGGGCGAGCCAUCAUGGGACUCGCCGUGGGGCAAGGGCCGUCCAGGUUGGCACAUCGAAUGCUCCGCCAUGGCCGACAGCAUCUUGCCUUUUCCCCUCGAUAUUCACAGCGGAGGCAUCGACCUUCGCUUCCCACACCAUGACAACGAGCUCGCACAGUCCGAAGCCGCCAACGACCGCCCUCAGUGGGUGAAUUAUUUCCUUCACUCGGGGCACCUGCACAUCCACGGCGCUAAGAUGUCCAAGUCGCUCAAGAACUUCAUCACCAUCAAGGAGUGUCUUUCCCGCUUCACAGCGCGACAGAUUCGCUUGCUGUGCUUGAUGAACCGUGUUUCGUCCCAGGAGCCUCACCUUUUACUCCCGGAGAAGCCUUUGACCUUUACGUUCUCUUUCGCUUUCGUCGGUGUCGCUGUGUCUGUCGCGUCUCUGCCCCCCGACGCACGGGUGCACUCCGCAACCGGGCCGAAAGAGGGAUGGGAUUCCUUCAUGAACUACAGCCCGGACGGCGAGACGAUGCAGCAGGCCAUCGACGUGGACCGCUCCUUCGACAACUUCUUUGCGCUCGUGAAGGCGAAACUGCGCGACGCAACGCCCGUCUCAGACUACGCGCAGAAAUGGGGUGCGGACGAUUUCGCUCUCAACGAGCAACUCCAGAGCGCAAAAGAACAGGCGAGUCCCUUGGAAGAACUGCGAAACUGCGACGUGGUGCACAAGGCGAUUCUGGACAACUUCAGCACCCCCGAGGCCCUCGUCGCGCUGCAACAUCUCAUGUCGGCAACAAACAGCUACUUGAAUCAGAAAACCGGUGAAGAUGUGAAGGCUCCCCUUAUCAAGGAAGUGGCGAAAUACAUCUUCCACAUGCUCAAGAUUUUCGGCGUGGUUGAAGACGACGAAGAAGAUUUGGCAUACGUGAAGGCGCAGGGCUCCACCGCUGCCGCAGCAGCGGAGAUCGAAGGCCUCGUCGAAUGCGUGGGGGCGUUUCGAGAGCUGGUCCGAACAAGCGCGUCACAGGGUAUGCGAGCUGUGAAUCAGGCGCUGAAGCGAGCGCCGGAAAAGUCGCCCGGAGAGAGCGAUGCGUCGCCGAUCGGCGCGGGCGAAGCGGAGGGUGAACUGCUCCAAUCGCUGAGUGUGACCAUGAGUACGCUCCUCCAGGCCUGCGACGAGGCGGAACUUCAAGCGAAGAAGGAGAGAGAGCGUCAGGUGCCCCCUGCCGAUUACUUCCGAGUCUUGCAUGCGGACCUGUACGCGACCUUCGACGAGCAGGGCGUCCCGCUCACGCUGAAGAGCGGGGAGCCUGUGUCAAAAACGCAGCGGCAAAAGAUGCUGAAGCAAAUCGAGAAACAUCAGAAGGUGCACGAGCAAUGGCUCGCGUCUCGAGGACAACAUGCUUAA